AUGAGUGCGGACAGAUUGGAAUCCCUUUCCGCUAAUGGUACGUCACUCUUAUUUAUUAUUUUUUUUAAAAAGUAAUAAAAUGGAUAGUUUUUGUUGAUUUUUUAGUAGAAGAAGACGAAUCAAACCAAGACGAAGGAGGAAAUUAUAGUUCUUGUUCAUGUAAGUGGUUCUUGUUGUUUUGGUUUGAUUUUUAGACAUAGACUUUGGGUAGUUUUGAGUUGUUUUUGAGAGGAACACUGAUUGGUUAUUUACCUUGUUAUGGAUAAGGUAAAUUUGCUACGAAACCCGCUGAAGAACUGGCGAAAAUGUUGUGGAAAGGCACAAUAAGGGCUUGUAGAAGGUUUUGAGCUCAGGUUUUUGGCUUAUGCAUUGCUUAUUGAUAGAGAUUCUUUGAAAAACUGCAUAAGGUCUUAGUGUUCUCGAAAAAGCUAAAAUAGUUUAUGUUUACUCUCAAAUUUUCAGCUUCCUUAUAUGACAGCCGCGAGGAUCAAGAGAUAGAGCAACUAAUUAAAGAGGAAACCGCGAAAGAAUCGGCCCAUAAUUGGUGGGAUAUCAGUUAUUGUGGUGUCCCCAUCAAUAUGCCUUCAUUCUUUUGUGGGGCUCUCGUAUUCUAUGCUCUCACCGCACUAAUCAAGACCACCUUGUAAGUUCUUGAUUCCUUGCUCUUUAUUCGACCUUUAGAUCAUCAGAAGGCGGGCUUCUAGUCAGAAAACCUCCACUACCUCGGCCUUUUUUCCCGACCACCUCGAAUAUCAAUGAUUAUUAUAAUGGGAGCUUUGGACGGCCUUUUGACAUGUACAAUCGGGCGGACAUAUCACUUACCUUCUUCUAUGCCUCAUGGAGUUUGCACUCAAAGGAAGCCAAACGGGAGUAUAUCAAGCUUUCUCAACUUUUGAGCAAUACCAAUAUUAAUGUAGGUACUGCAAUAUAAUCUCAAUUUCUCUAAAAUUUUUAGGUAAAAUUGAACGCGGUAAACUGUGAUACGGGUUAUUGUAAGCAGCUCUAUAAGGUUCACAAUUAUCCCGCGAUUUUGGCGGUCAUGACCGGUGGAAUUCCGGUUUUCUUUGAGGAUGUGCCAUUAGCAGAUAGGAUGUUCAGGUAAGUCAAUUUUUUGAUUAUUUCCUUUGGCUUUUAGUUGGAUUUUACGACUUUCAAGACCAAUUCAUCGACUGAACAGCUUGGAGGACAAAAAUUACGACGAUACGAGAUACGAUUUGAUCGUUUUGGCCUAUCUAAAGGCGGAGGCAAGUGUAAGAUAGCCGAAAAUUGACGAUUGAACCGAUUUUUCACCUCGGAAUAUAAUGAUUUUUAUGUUUCCAGAACCACAGCGAGCUCUCCAGAGAGUUUAAGGUGUAUCGAGCUGCCGCGCUGAAGGCGAACAACCCCAGAAUUGGAUUUUUCUACACCAUUGAUCCAGUUUUGGCCGAGAAAUUCGGGAUUAAAGACCAUGGAAUCUUCAAAAUUGGAAGUAAAACUUAUCGAAUCGCUGAUGAAACGCUGUCUCAAGCAGUCCUAGAUACGGUCAAUACGCAUCUCAAAGAAAUUGAAUCAAAUUUGGUGGUCCCAUGGAGAACCGAAUGUAAAUUAACAUCAUUUUUUUGAGUUUUACUUUUAGUAAAAGAGUCGGAAGGGUUGCUAUCGACCCAAUUAUUCGAUAUGGUCAACAAAUCCAAGAUUGGAAUGGUCCUUUUUACAUCAGUGAACGGGGAAUUCGGGACGUCCGAGAACUUGGAAACCCUUAGAAAGGUAGGAAAUUUUUGUUUUUUGUUUAUGAUUUUAGGUGUUGAAAGUAUCCAAGAAGACGUAUUAUUGCUGUGACCGAAAAUUUAGAGCAAAAGAAGGGCUGUUUUCACAAAAUUUUGGCUAUUUUCGAUUACCCUGUCUAGUGUAAUAUAAAAAGUCGAAAAUUUUGAUGAAAUUUUUAUAAAUCAGUGCUUUUGAUAGACUAAUUUGCUUUCAGAUCGCAUUCGAAUACUAUAAAUGUGAUGAAUCGGAACAGGUCACUGAAGAUCAGCCAUCUUCAACAGUAAAUUAUGAAAUUUUCACCGCACAGUGCAAAUUCAAACCUGAUGUUAUUGAAAAAUGCUGUCGAGAAAUGAGAGAACAUCAUGAAUGUAGUAGGAACAAGUUGCAUAGUGAAGAGCAGGGAGUGUCAGAGAAGAAUGAGCAGCAUUUCUUUGGACCUACUUGCCCCGAAUUUAAUUUUUUGAAAAAUAGUAAGAAAUUUAAGUUUUUUGGGGAAAAAAUCUAUGUUCAUCAAACCUAAGACUAUUAUAAUCCUACGUAUAUAAGCCUAUUAUACCGCAAUCACGACAUUUCCACCAAAAAAGUCGGAGUUGGACGAUUGGGGAAACCGAAAAGUAUUAUUUUUCUUCGAUGCAAGUGUUGAAAUUUGGAUAAUCGAGGGUGCUGAUUUCGAAAAUGACAUUCAUUUUUUUGAUAGUUACUUUUUUUUGUAAGUAGUGCUUUAAAGUAGUAAUUUUUUGAAUUUUUCUCAUGAAUACUCGAUUUGAAGGUUUUCGAUGAUGCUGUUUUCAAAUCAGAAAAAAUGAAUAAGAUUUUUGAAAUCAGCACCUUCGAAAACCUCUAAAUCGAGUAUUCAUGAAAAAAAAAUUAAAAAAAUUACUACUUUACAUUACAGUACUACUUAAGGGAAAAAAGUAACAAUCAAAAAAAAUGAAUGUCAUUUUUGAAAUCAGCACCCUCGAUUAUCCUAAUUUCACACUGCAUCGAAGAAAAAUUGUACUUUUCGGUUUCCCCAAUCGUCCAACUCCGACUUUUUUGGGGGAAAUGUCGUGAUUGUGGUAUAAUAGGCUAUAUGUAGCAUUAUAAUUGUCUUAUGUUUGAUGAACAUAUUUUUUUUAAAUUUUUUAUCCAUUUUUUCUGCCAUGUAUAAUAUAAUUUUGCUCAAAAUCUCCCGUGGUUUUCGUUUUUUAUACGAUUUCCAUUCCAGAUACCUUCAAGAAUUACUGUUGUCGCAAGAAUCGACCCUUUCCAAUGCCGUCUUUUGACCUCACUUUUGACUGUUAUAAUCAGAAAGCCCUGGAGAGACUUGGGCUGCAAAAUAAAGAAGUGAUCCGACCUCCGAAAGUCAAAGAUCUGGUUAGGAUUAAAGGGAAAGGAUGCUACCGUAAUCACACUAUCCAAUUCAUUUCCGUGGACAAGCGAUUGACUGCGUAUUUUUCGAGGAUUUGGAAUCUGAACGGCCAAAAAUUUGGGUUUGACAAGGAUAAAGUGGCUGUAAUAUCGAUGAAUCAGGAGGUCAUUAAGAAUAUUGAUGUCGAAAAGGAUUGGUAAGGAUGGGUGUUUGUUUUAAAGGCAUUUACAAUUAUUUGGCCCCUAAAAAAUUGUUGAAAUUAUCGAUUUUUGUCAAGGGUAAUAUCAAGAAUAUGAGUUUAGGUCAAAUGUCCUCGAUUUCUUGUCUCAUGUGGAUGUGACUACCCUAGGCACAAUGCAUUUGGACGAAAAGAGCAGACAAAGCCCAUUUUCAAAGGUUCCAGACACAAUAGAUCUACAGGAGAACCCUCAAUCCAGGUCAUCUAGAUUAAUAAGAUUGGACUCGGAGACAUUCAAGAACCAGAUUGUUAAUAAUGUAAGACCACAAAGAGAUUUUAUAGAGCAGUUACGUCUUUUUGGGGGCCAAAAAGAGGUUGAUUAGAUUAAAAAUUUGCUUUUUUUGACGAUUUUUAACAGCUGAUAAGUACUACAAUAUAAUUUUUGUAAAAAAAUUUGUUUUUUUGUCAAAUUUCUGCGAGGUGUGUUGAAUAUUGUAUUUCCAGGUAAAUCGAACCCACUCGGCAGUGGUCUUCUUCUCCGGUGGCUCAGCUCAUGGCCAGUCCAUGGCCGUGACUUACAUUAUCCAUGCCGUAAAACAGGAAUUUCAAAAAUUCGAAUCGCUCCUCAAGUUUUAUAUGUAAGUGAAUAAAUUUCUUUUUACUUUGCCGAUUUUAGAAUCGAUACAUCAAGGAAUUCGCUGCCAUAUUCAUAUGAUUUUGAUGCUCUGCCAACGAUUGUUUUCUUCCCGUCAGUCCACAGGUUAGUUGGUUUUUUAUUAAAUUGUUGCUGAUUUAGAUAAAAAAGAGCAUCAAGAGUUUUGUGAUAGCUUGCCGCAUUCAGAAUAUGUUGUUUUUGCACUUUUUUGGAAGAAUUUUUAUAUGAGCCAUCAUGGGUAAUAUAAAAAUUUUCAGUUCUCACCUCCAAAUAGCCCCGUACCCGGCGGGAUUGCCGAUUACUGUCCCGAAUUUACUGGCAUUCCUAAUUUCAAGAGCCUCGCCGGAACUGAAAUGGAGACUUGCCCUCAGGUCAUGUACGACAAAUUGUUUGCAAAGAAAUCGCCGAAAGCUUUUACGGUUUGACAGAUUGAUCCGAGAUGACAUCAGAACGAUCAAGCUUACUAAAAACAAAAUGUUGAAGAAUAGAGUGGUCGCCAAACACUUUGCAGCCAUAUUGAAACGGUAAGCGUCAUGGAUAAUAUAAAAUUGAGGAGUUGUGGGUGAAAAAGAAGGCUAAGAGCCGGGACUUUGUGGGUAAUGAAGGAGUGAGGUUUUUAAAGCAAGGAUAUUGGUUUUUAUUUGGUUUUCAAUUUGAAAAUUUUGAUUAGGGAUGGGAAAGUCACAUUUUUAAUUGAUUUUUUGGUCAAAAGUAUCGAUUCAAGUUAAAUACUGGAAUUGGUGGUUGUUAAAAGAGUGUUUUGAAGAACAAUUGUGGCUUAUGAAGUUGUGUGAGACACGACUUGGGCUAUUCUUUCCAGAAUUUGACCUUUUUUGAUCAAAAAAAAAGUUUUUUUCCAAAUACAGUGACGGACCUGAUCCUGUGGCAAAAAACGUACCAUUUCGCAUCCGGGAGGUAUCAAAAAAUGUAGUAAAAUGCUUCCCUCUUCAAGGAAAAAACUCGUUUUUGAAAAGCACGUCCUCAUUUUUUCUGAGGAACCCUUCAAAACGGAGUUUUUUCCUUGGAGAGGGAGGCAUUUUGCUACAUUUUUUGAUACUCCCCGAAUGCAAAAUGAUACGUUUUUUGCCACUGGAUCAGGUCGGUCACUGUAAUUAGUGGUGAAUUAAUUUUCCGCCGACUUUUUUUCGGCUGAUUGUAAUCGGGAAAGAGCGGAUCAAGUGUCGGCGCCAAGAAGGGCCGAUUCGUCAUUCGCAUCUCGCCGACCGUCGAUGAAAUAGGCAGAUAAUUUGAAUUUGACGGCAAUAGUCCAUUUGUAAUCAAUCAACGCCGAAAGUGUUACACAAAACGACUCGUUGAGGUCAGCAAAGCAAUUUGCAAGAGCUGUAACGGGCUUAUUAUUAUUAGUUUACUGUAUGAAUGUUGAGAUAUUUUUUAUGUCUUGGCUGAUUUUUUCGGAAAUAAGGCAAGAUAAGGUGUAAAAUGAUGUAAAAUUGAAGUUAGAGGGGUUUGAAUAAGGUAGAAAUAACCAUUCAUGGCGUAAAUGUAGAAAGAUUGCCUCGAGACGGAUUAAAAUUGAUCGAAAUGGUCAAAAAUAUGUAUGAGUUGAAGAAAAACAGCCGAAAAAGUUAUUGAAAUUGAUGUACAGUGGGGGACCUGAUCCAGUGGCAAAAAACGUACCAUUUUGUAUCCGGGAAGUAUCAAAAAUGUGGCAAAAUGCUUCCAUCUCCAAGUGAAAAAACUCCGAUUUCAAAAGCGCGCCGGCUCUUUUUGUGAGGCCCUUCAAAACGGAGUUUUUUCACUUGGAUAGGGAAGCAUUUUGCCACAUUUUUUAUGCUUCCCAGAUGCAAAAUGUACGUUUUUUACGCUGGAUCAAGUCCGUCACUGUAGAUCAACUUGAAUUGAUGUCAGUCCGAAAAUAAAAGGCUUGAAUUGACAUAAAAUUAAUCAAAAAACCAAAAAUUGGUGUUAAUUUGCCAUUACCGAUAAAAAUAUAAUGCUAGUGGCAGAAAACAGCCUAAAGUUAUAUAAAUCAUGCGUUCAAGGAGCUAAAGCCUAAAAUUUCAGUCGAAAAUUGCAACUUGCGGCGGCGCACUACCUCCUGAAUGUGCUUCGCAUCAUCCAGGACAACGAGGACUACCGAAUCGAAGACUUUGAAUCGGUGGAAUCCCACUCUCUCCUCAUCCGCUACUUGCUCUCCAACAAUUUUAGUUGA